AUGGAACUGUGGAGUAACUCAACUCUUGUGAACUACAAGGGUAAAUUAGGUGCUUUUGUGGGAGGCGGGGUUGGUGGAGUAGUUACAGGAGAAACUACGAGUUUUGAGUUGUGGGUUUUAGUAGACGCUGAGAAACAUGAAUGGUCGAAGCAUUUAUAUGUAUUGCCUCCUCUGUGGAAGAAUGUAGUUGCCAAGUCGGACUUAUACUUUGUUGGGCUGACUGGUAAAGAUGAAAUUGUGUUGUCGGAGCUCUAUCUAUAUGAUCCUUUCUAUGUCUACUACUACAACAUCAAGGACAACACUGUCACAAGAGUUGAAAUUCAAGGAAUGAGUGCGUUUAAGAAUUUUAAAUUUCACGUCUCUUUAGACCAUGUAGAGGACGUGAAGCUUAUGCAACAUGUAUAA